GCUACUUCGAACCUCGGAAAUGGCAGAAACUCGUUCGCAAGCUCAACGGAAGGAAGCUACGGUUCGAGAUCUCGAGGAGAUGAUGGGAUCGUUCAAAGCUCAGAUGCUUGAGCGAACUCAAGCUCUGGAAUCAACGGUCGCGACGCAACAGGAGAAGAUGGCGAGCACAGUCGCUGAGCUGUUCGAAUCGGUACGUUUGUUUACCGGGAUGGAUCCAAAGACGGUGGCAUCUACUCGUCCGCCCGAUCGACCACCACCGCCGGUUCCGCCGUUACAGACUCCAAUCACAGAUCUGACGACUCAUACUCCACAGAAUCCACCGACAAAUUACGCUGGGGUCACGACGUUAGCUAAAAUCGAUUUUCCUCGCUUCGAUGGUACUGGGUUUAAAGACUGGUUGUUUAAGGUUGAGCAGUUUUUUGUGAUUGAUCGUACUCCUUCUGAGUAUAUGGUGGGUUUGGCUUCGAUCCACAUGGAUGGGGAGGCUGGGAACUGGCAUCGUUCGGUGAUAGAAUCUGAAAUCCCGGUGGUUGGAUGGCAGGAGUGGGCUGUGUAAAAAUCCUUGUUGUUGGAGCGAUUUGAUGAG